AUGCUCACUCAACUCAAGCUCUCUCUCUCUCUCUCUCUCAAGCUCAACUCAAACUUGUCGGCCACCACUAUCAACAGCCGCUCUCAGCCACUCCCAACCGCUCUUAGCCGCUCCCAACCUCUGAUUUGGAGGGAUUGUUGCUUAAGUGAAUUGUGUUGUAUGGAGUCUAGCCACUCUAACACACCUAAUGCCUCUAAUCCCCAAACACAAACCGAUACACCCGACACACAAUCUCCAACUCAAACACAAAAUCCCACAAGUGAGGGGCUUAUGGUGGGAGAUAGGAGGAAAGCCCCAAAAUCGAUUGUGUGGUUAUAUUGCACAAAACUAAUAAAGAAGGAUGGUAAUGGGAUAGAGAAGGUUAUAGGGGCUUGA